AUGUUCCAACUACCUGCUUGUUUGCAGGGCCGGCGCUCCCGCAAUGGCUCCAGUGACGACUUCUCUACCUUUCCCAUCCGGCAGCUAUUCGUUUUAGCACUUGUCCGUAUCUGUGAGCCAAUUGCUUUCAUGUCAAUUUUCCCAUAUGUGUAUCACAUGGUCGAAUCAUUCCAUGUGACGGAUAACGACCGCAAGAUCGCGCUGUACGCCGGCAUGAUCACAUCCUCUUUCACUUUUGCGGAGUUCUCGGCGGGCAUGUUUUGGGGCCGCAUGAGUGACCGCAUUGGUCGCAAGCCAGUGCUCAUCAUGGGCCUCGUGGGCACAGCCAUCAGCAUGGUGGUGUUUGGAUUUGCGCCCAAUCUGGCCACGGCGAUGAUAGCGCGCGCGCUGGGCGGCAUGCUGAAUGGGAAUAUCGGAGUUCUCCAAACGACCGUUGCGGAGAUCGUGACGAAGAAAGAGCACCAACCACGAGCUUAUUCGAUCAUGCCUUUCGUGUGGUGUCUGGGAUCGAUCAUUGGACCGGCUAUGGGCGGCGCUUUGGCCCAACCCUGCGACAACUACCCGGCCCUCUUCGCGCGCAGCACGCUGUGGGAUAAGUUCCCUUUCCUGCUGCCCAACCUGGUUUGCAUCACUGUACUUCUCUGCGGCAUUGUGGUCGGAUUCUUGUUUCUGGAAGAGACGCACCCGGAGAAGAAGCACCGUCGGGAUCCUGGUCUCGAGCUUGGUCACUGGUUGGCCAAUCAGUUCUGCGGCUCGCGCGUGCAGCUUCCUGUUGAUUCCGAUGGUGACGUGCAAGAGAAAUACUUCGAUGCCCCGCCCGAAUAUGCAAGUGCGGAAUCAUCACCCUGCCUGCGUCCCGUCGAUGAUGUCGCUUCGGCUGAAUGCGACUUGGAGGGGCAGAAGAGCCCCGCGCCCAAGGCUUUUACCCAACAAGUCAUCUUCGUGAUCGUUGCUUACGGGAUCCUCGCAUACCACAGCGUAUCGUUUGAUCAGCUGAUGCCCGUUUUCCUGAGCACCCCUCGAUCCGAUGACGACGUGGUGCUACCCCUCAAGUUUACCGGCGGCCUAGGAAUGGCCACGAAGACCAUCGGGUUUAUGCUCGCUGUUCAAGGCGUGUACUCGAUGAUCGCCCAACUGUGGCUGUUCCCAUUCGUGGUCAAGCACUUUGGGACUCUGCGCACCUUCCGCUUUGUGUUGCUUGUAUGGCCCCCUCUCUAUCUCGCCGUUCCCUACCUCGUCCUUCUCCCCGCCAAGCUCCAAAUUCUCGCCGUCUAUGUUUCCUUGAUUAGCAAGAUCACCUUCCAUGUCAUCGCCUUCCCAGCCACCGCCAUCCUCUUGGCCAAUGCCGCCCCGUCUUCCAAGGUGUUGGGUUCUAUCAACGGCGUCGCCGCCUCCAUUGCUAGUCUCAGCCGGGCCUUUGGACCGACCAUCACUGGACUUCUCCACUCCAAGGGUCUCGAUAGUGGAUACUCUGUGCUUGCCUGGUGGGCCUGUGGUCUUGUCUGCCUGAUCGGCGCCAUCCAAAGUUUCUGGAUGGAGGAAUCCCCAGAGCCCGAGCGCUUCAAGACCCGUCAGCCCGAGGUCAAUGAGUCCGAGCUGAAGCGUGAAGCUCUUGCGGGCUUUGGUAAGGAUGACCAGGGAUCCGAGGAGCUACCAGAAGAAGAGCAGCGACUGCUUUCCUUACGAUCCAGUGUCGACCAUGACUUCGAUAUCUCCAAACUCGACUUGAACGUCGUCGACAACGUUCCCAAGCCUGCAGGCGAUGCCACCCAUGAUACCAAUGUCGAAAAGCUUUGA